AUGACGUUAAGUUUAUGGACUGAUGGCUAUAACGGAAGUCACGCUUCGAUUCAUUUCUACCCCAAUAUAACUGCUAUCGGGUGUGGAGUCGGGAGGAAAGGGAUGCUUAGGGACAACACGUGCUUUACAUACCAUCCAAAUAGUGAUACAAUGUUUGCCGGCAUUCAAAACGGACGGGUAGUCCAGACCGGAGAACAGCCGUGGGCUGUGUUUAUCACACAUAAAAAGAAGACAUACUUACUUUGUGGCACAAACUGUACGGCGACUGACAUUCGUGUAUAUCCGGGGCUAACGAACCAAAAAACUGCAAAUCAUACCUACUAUACGGGCGGUCAGUAUUUCAUUACACCCGAGUAUGAGAGCAAUCAGUGGCAACCCUUUGACUUGGGGUUAAUUCGACUCAACACUGCUAUACCAUUGGACGGGACGUCAGGUGUGACGGGAAUUAACGCCAUUUGUUUGCCCGAAGAGUGGGCCGCGAAUCAGAACGAAGAAUACGUGCAAUUGGUUGGGUUCGGGAAGGACAACGGAACGAGAUCGGGAACACUGCGAUCAGGUUAUGCUAAAAUGAUGACAGCUCAUCGUGAUCAAAUUCAAAAUACCGCCCUUUCCAUGCAGCGCAUACCAUUCCCGUCCGGUUCGGGCAUUUGCCUUGGUGAUUCCGGCUCACCCGUAGUUCAGUACGUCAACGGUGUGGCAGUGGUUAUAGGCAUUACAGUCAGUGCAACAAUGGAUACAAACAAUUCUUGUCAGAAACUUACCGAAGAGGCGGGAAUGACAGCAAUUCGGGUCUCGCAUCACAUCCAAUGGAUAAUCAAUACCAUAUAUAAUAACACUAAUUAG